CAGUAGCAUCAAAAACCAUCAGUUGUGUCAAGAAUCACCAGGAGUGCAAAAACUAUCAGUAGUGUCAAAAAGCAUCAGUUGUGUCAAAAACCAUCAGUAGUGUCAAAUAUCAUCAGGAGUAUCGAAAGUAAUCAGAAUCAUGUACCGGUAUUAAACUUCCACGAGAAGCAUAGAAUAAUUGUUGAGCAGGUAGAUCAUCUUAUCUGUAUUGUGUGAGUAAGCGUUUUUUAGCACUUCAACCUCAGGUGUUUUGUUGGUAAACAAAUCAUAUCCUGCUGUCAGAAACAAACAAAUAAUGCAUGUUAAUAACUAACUAAGUACAAUAUCAAAUCUCUAAAUUAUAAUGAUGUAAACGACCAUGUUGACAUUAAUGCAACUUUUGAGAUAACUUUAAACGAGUUAGCAAAUAUGAACGCUGUGAUCAAUCCCGAGAACAUAUAAUAAAAAGAAACCAAAACAGGACCACAUGAUCGUGUGAGUAAUAUCCCAAUGAAGUCAUAUUUUGUAUAUUCUGAGAAUGAGCUGUGAUUAAUACAACUGCAUUAAUGUAGUGACUGAGUCAUAGGAGCCUAUCUGAAGACACAGGGGAGAAAGGCAUGUGUACCAGCUGACUCAGCUAGUCGAAAUUAGAUCGACACUGAUGAAUACAAUAGUAGGAUAUUUAGCAAAAAGAUACCAGUGUAUUAUCAGUUUGCAUUGGUAUUUUGGAUAUUUGGAAUAAAGCAGUAUUUGGAUACAUUGAGGAUUUAGCAAAUCUGCAUGGUGCAUAUUAGUAGGGGAUUUGAAACAAAAAUAGCACGUUUUAGGAUUAAAAACAGUGUGGUACAAAAACAUUAAAGAUUUAAGGAUAUAUACAGGGUGAGACAUAUUGAGGAUUUUUGGAUUAUCUGCAACUACAGGGUGUCUCAUAUUAUGAUGAUGGAUGUAAUGUUAUUUGGAGGUGACUGUGAAUGGACGAGGAGGUCUUCUAUAGAUGAGUUAGGAUUGUCACACUGUUUGGUGGAGAAAAUGGAUAUGACAGUCGAGUCACCAUUGUUGCAUGAGUAUUUUCCGUCACACCCAUUUGAUGAGGAUCUAAAGUUGGAUGCACCUAUGGACACCAGUCCAUCAGUUAUUGUGAUGCCCCAGCCUGAAGUCCUAUCUGAGCUAAACAAUAAAGACCUUCAUGGAAUAGAUUCAGAUUUCUUUGAUUAUGACGGAGAUACAAGCAGUACAAGUAGUAUGAGUCCAUGUCAACGUUUCUUCUCUGAUUUACAAUCACAGGUGAACGACAAACUACUCAGUGAUGACGGGAGUGAAGAUCACGACCGAGAGAUUCAACGGCGAAUUGAGAGAAGACGGAAACUGCGACGUAAAUUCCGUAGGCGAAGGACGUUAAUCCAAGAGAUUGACGCAUGCGAACAGCAGCAGGAACACAAGCCACAUGAUGACAUCACACAUAAACAUAGUGACAUCACAGAAAGACAUGGUGACCAUGUGGCAGCAGAGACUUUAUUGAGUAUGGAGUCCCCAAACUCACUGAAUGAAACCAAAACCUUCCUACAUGGGAUCUUAAUGGAAAAACAACAGCAGCAACAGAGUCUGUUACCUCCAAGUCCAGCAGAUAGCGGAAUAUCAGAUAUAGAAUCCAGCAGUAGCGGCAGCAGCGAUGAAACAGCAGCUAAAUUACUGCGACUUCAAGGUGGUCCACAAGCCUUCAUUUCUCCGUUUGUACGAGGGGAACACCAGCCUGAGGGAACCUCCCCCACCUCCCCAGCUCUGCCUUACCCCCACCACUACCAGAAUGGAGUCACCCACAUUGCAAUGAGGCCAGAGCACAUGUACAUGCCUAACAGUGGUCAAAUGCUUGGAGUACCCCUGAGUCCAAGUAGCGAGGAGCACUAUAAUACACAGGGCAUCUCUCCCCCCUCCUCUCCAAACAGAGUAAAGUCCAAAAAAGGAAGGAAACCUAAAAAUCCCGAUGUCGGAUUUUCCAGCGCUCCGAAGAGGAAAAGGGAAAGCAGCACCACCUAUCUGUGGGAAUUUCUCUUACAACUGUUACAAAACAGAGACUACUGCCCGCGUUACAUAAAGUGGACCAAUCGUGAAAAGGGAAUCUUCAAACUAGUAGACUCCAAAUCGGUGUCUAGGCUAUGGGGUCUUCACAAAAAUAAACCAGAAAUGAACUAUGAAACUAUGGGACGUGCGCUAAGGUACUAUUAUGCACGUGGCAUCUUAAACAAGGUGGACGGACAGCGGCUCGUUUACCAGUUCGCUGAUGUACCUAAAAACAUUGUGGAAAUAGAUUGUACAAAUGCCUAGCAACCGUCCCAUUGCCAUGGCAACACAUCACGAAUCAUUCAUUGUAAAUGCUCAUCAUACAUUAUGCUGUAAAUAGUCUGAUAGGUGGACCACUUCCAAGGAUCCUGAUUGGGUAUUGGACUUACCUUAAAAUAUUCCAUUCUGCCUAUUUGUCUGGAAAAAGAAGUGUCGACGGGGAAUUAAAUCAACGAAGGUGCUGUCGGGAUUUGGAGUCUAUUCCACAGACUUUUUAAUGAUGCUCUUCAAUGUGCCCCAUGGAAAUAUAUAUGUUUUAUGCUUAAUAGUAUUUCCAUGGGUAUUCUAAACCAGAAUGGGUUGUUUUAAGGGUUUUAUGGGACUCUUUCAACUCGGGGAUAAUGCUGUGUAUAGAUAGACGUAGAUCUCGAUACCAUUAAAUACCAUAUAUGGUAUCUAGAUAUAUAUCUAAAAAUUGUAAAUUUUGUUAUAGUCGCUAAAUAUUACAAAGUGCUUUCAUUAAUCUAUGGUUUUCGCAAAAUGCUAAGAAUUAUGGGUAUUUCAUUUAUAGUCUACAUGUAGCUUAUUUGGUAUUUUUGCGUUUUAUAUGUAUGGUAUACGAUAACCAAAUGUGUAUAUGCCAUUGCAUCCUUAUUUCUGUUAUUUGUUAAAAUUGACGUGGUCAGAAGACUCAAAAAUCCAAUCAACAAUGCAAAUUGUGAAAUCCCUCCUGAGAGAUCUCAGAAUUAAUUGAGUAAAGUCUUGUCUAAGUCCCUACCAUCCCCUUAAUAAUAAUACCUAUAAUUAAUUCUCUAUAUAAAAAAAGAAGAUAAAAAAUUGAGAGAAUCAAGUCCCCCUUGGCAAAAUUUUUUUCAAAAUCGUAAACUUUUCGAGUGAUUUUGGGCCAAAAUUGUUAAAUCUAACCCCCAUCCCCCUAGCAAAUGCUG